AUGGAUUCUGCUCCCAAACUCUCCAGUCGUUUGAUUUUGCUGCUCUUCAGUCUGUGGCAUCUGGGAUUAACAGCAACAAAUUAUAAUUGCGAUGAUGCACUAGUAUCCUCAUUGCCUCUGACCGCCUUUGACAGCUCCUCAGAGCUCUUCAGCGUUCACAAUCCCAGCUUCGCCAAGCUCAACAGACGGGAUGGAGCUGGUGGUUGGUCCCCAUUGGAAUCGAAUCCGAAACAAUGGCUUCAGAUUGAUCUGGGAGACAGAGCUGAGAUUACAGCAGUCGCCACCCAAGGCAGGUACGGAAGCUCUGACUGGAUAACAAGCUACAUUCUAAUGUUCAGCGAUACAGGACGCAACUGGAAGCAGUACAGACAAGAAGACGGCAUCUGGGUCUUCACAGGGAACACUAAUGCAGACAGUGUGGUACAUCACAAACUUCUGCACUCCGUGAAAACCCGCUUCCUGCGCUUCGUCCCUCUGAAAUGGAAUCCCAGUGGAAGAAUAGGCCUGAGAGUUGAGGUCUAUGGUUGCUCAUACAAAUCGGACAUAGCAGAUUUCGAUGGCAGAAGUUCCCUCCUGUACAGAUUCAAUCAGAAAAUGAUGAGCACCUUCAAAGACGUGGUUUCCCUGAAGUUCAAGAGCAUGCAGGGGGAUGGAGUCUUAUUCCACGGAGAGGGACAGCGCGGAGACUACAUUACACUGGAGCUGCAGAAAGGGAAACUCUCCUUGCACAUUAACCUGGGAGAUGCCAAGCUGCGUUUCAGCACCAGCCAUACAUCAGUCAGCCUGGGCAGCCUCCUGGAUGAUCAGCAUUGGCACUCGGUUCUCAUCGAACGCUUCAACAAGCAAGUGAACUUCACGGUGGAUAAGCACACUCAGCAUUUCCGAACCAAGGGGGAUUCAGAUCACCUGGACAUUGAUUAUGAGCUCAGUUUCGGGGGGAUCCCAGUCCCAGGAAAGCCAGGAACCUUUCUGAAGAAAAAUUUCCUUGGAUGCAUCGAGAACCUUUAUUACAAUGGAGUCAAUAUAAUUGACCUGGCAAAAAGGCGUAAACCUCAGAUCUACACUGUGGGCAACGUGACUUUUUCCUGCUCAGAACCACCAAUUGUUCCCAUCACCUUUGUCAGCUCCAGCAGCAGCUAUUUGCUUUUACCUGGCACCCCCCAGAUUGAUGGGCUGUCAGUCAGCUUCCAGUUUCGAACGUGGAACAAAGACGGGCUGCUUCUGUCCACGGAGCUGUCUGAAGAUUCCGGAGUUCUCCUGCUUUACCUUCACGUUGGCAGGUUGACACUUGUCAUACAGAAAGUGGCAGAAAACUCCAUGGAGAUCAUCGCAGGCAGCAAUCUCCAUGACGGGCUCUGGCAUUCAGUUAACAUAAACGCCAGAAGGCAUCGCAUCACCCUGACUCUGGAUAACGACGUCGCCGCAGCUGCUCACGCAACCACCCUCUCGCAGAUCUAUUCUGGGAACAGCUACUAUUUCGGAGGGUGCCCUGACAAUUUCACCGAUUCCCAAUGUUUAAAUCCCAUUACUGCUUUUCAAGGCUGCAUGAGGCUCAUCUUUAUUGAUAACCAGCCCAAGGACCUCAUUUUAGUUCAGCAAGGUUCCCUGGGGAAUUUUAGUGAUUUACACAUUGAUCUGUGUGACAUCAAAGACAGAUGUUUGCCCAACUUCUGUGAACAUGGAGGAAAAUGCUCCCAGUCCUGGACCACCUUUUACUGUGAUUGUAGCGAAAUGGGUUACAUGGGAGCAACCUGCCAUAACUCCAUCUAUGAACAGUCGUGUGAAGCCUAUCGUCACAAAGGGAAGAUGUCUGGUUUCUUCCAUAUUGAUUCCGAUGGAAGUGGACCGCUUGGACCGUUCCAGGUUUACUGCAAUAUCACGGAAGAUAAGAUCUGGACUGCGGUACAGCACAACAACACAGAGCUAACCAGAGUCCAGGGGGCUGACCCUGAGAAACCAUAUACCAUGUACUUUAACUACAGCAGCAGCCUGGACCAGAUUGAGGCCAUGAUAAACAGCGCAGAGUACUGUGAACAGGAGGUGGCUUACCACUGCAAAAAGUCCCGUCUGCUGAACACCCCGAAUGGAAUGCCGUAUGUUUGGUGGGUUGGCCGUGCCAAUGAAAAGCAUCCUUACUGGGGAGGAUCUCUUCCUGGGGUUCAGCAAUGUGCCUGUGGACUGGAAGAAAGUUGUCUGGAUAUGAGAUAUUUCUGCAACUGUGAUGCCGAUAAAGAAGAAUGGACACAUGAUACUGGCCUUCUUUCCUUCAAAGACCAUUUGCCUGUAACUCAACUCGUGAUCACUGACACAAACAGGUCAAACUCGGAGGCUGCUUGGAGAAUCGGCCCCUUGCGUUGCCAUGGAGACAGACAGUUCUGGAACGCAGCUUCCUUCAACACAGAGGCCUCCUAUCUUCACUUCCCCACCUUCCAUGCAGAGUUCAGCGCAGACAUUUCCUUUUUCUUCAAAACCACGGCUGUGUCUGGGGUCUUCCUGGAAAACCUUGGGAUUAAGGACUUCAUCCGCAUCGAAAUAAGCUCCCCUAAGGAGAUCACCUUCUCCAUAGAUGUUGGAAACGGGCCUAUGGAAGCUACGGUGCAGUCUCCCACGUCUCUGAAUGACAACCAAUGGCACUUCGUCCGAGCCGAGAGGAACCUCAAGCAAACAUCUCUUCAAGUGGAUAACCUUCCUAAAAAGAUUCUGGAGGCACCUGCCGAGGGGCAUUUUCGUAUGCAGCUUAACAGUCAAUUCUUUGUAGGGGGAACGGCUUCCAGACAGAAAGGUUUCCUGGGAUGCAUCCGCUCUUUACAUUUAAAUGGGCAGAAACUGGACCUGGAAGAGAGGGCUAAAAUGACCCCUGGAGUCAAGCCUGGCUGCCCGGGACACUGUAGCAGUUAUGGUAAUCUCUGUCACAACGGAGGCAAAUGCGUGGAGAAAUACAACGGUUAUUUCUGUGACUGCACCAGCUCUCCCUACGAAGGGCCCUUCUGCAAGGAAGAGGUUUCUGCAGUGUUUGAAGCUGGCACCUCAGUUACCUAUAUUUUCCAAGAGCCUUAUCCAGUGACAAAAAAUGCAAGCACUUCAUCCUCUGGCAUUUAUGCAGACGCCAUUCUGUCCAAGGAAAACAUUGCAUUUAGCUUCCUGACAGCACGUGCUCCAAGCCUCCUGCUCUACAUCGACACCUACUUUCAUGACUAUUUGGCUGUGAUUCUCUCCAAAAAUGGAAGCUUACACGUCCGAUACAAGUUGAGUAAGGAUGGCUUCCUCGUUUUCACCAUUGACUCUGGAAACCUUGCCAACCGGGAAUUACACCAUGUGAAGAUCAACAGAGAAGGAAAAGAACUCAUCAUUCAGGUUGAUCAAGUUCUCAAACUCAAGCACAACCUCUCGGAGAUUGACUUCAAGGCCAUCAAAUCGCUCACCUUGGGCAAGGUCGCAGAUAGUCUGGGGCUAGAUUCUGAGGUCUUGAAGGCGAACUCACAUGGCUUUAUGGGAUGCCUGUCCUCUGUCCAGUACAAUCACAUAGCUCCACUGAAGGCCGCCUUACGACAUCCCAGCAUAGCCCCCGUGACUGUCAAAGGCUCCUUGACUGAAUCGAGUUGUGGAUACGUAGCAGAGGCCGAUGUGAACACCAUCACCACAGUUUAUUCCUCAUCAGAUCCCUUUGGGAAGUCGGAUGAGCGGGAGCCCCUCACCAAUGCAAUCAGAAGCGAUUCAGCUGUUAUUGGAGGUGUAAUAGCCGUUGUAAUAUUCAUCAUCUUUUGCAUCGUGGCCAUCAUGAGCAGAUUCCUCUACCAGCACAAACAGACACAUCGAAGUAGCCAGGCGAAGGAGAAAGAAUACGCAGAAAACCUCGACAGUUCCUUUAAAACUGACAUUGACUUGCAGAACACAGUGAGUGAGUGCAAACGGGAAUAUUUCAUCUGA